CAGAGAGGGAGAGCGAGACGGGGAGACAGGAAAAGAAAGAGAAAGGGAAGAGAGUGAUGGAAAUCCAAAUUCCCGCCUCACGUUUGGAUGAUAGCGUGGCGACAAGGGAGUGGAGGAAAAUGACGAAGAAAGCCGUCCCCACUUGAGAUUCUCUCUCUCUUUCUCUCUGUCUCUCUCGCCGUCGGAAAACGAAGGCUGGUGGGUUGCGACGACGGGAGCCCUCGAGGGAUGGGCUCGGCAGGGAAUGGGCGGAACAAGGCGAGGGGAAUCGUCCUGAAGGCGCUCGCCCUCAUCGGCGGGGCAAUUCUCCUCAGGAAGCUCACGCGGUCCGCCACCCGAUGGGACCACGCCCGUGUCGUCGCCAACGCUCUCUCCGGCGAGAAGUUUUCUUACGAACAGGCAUGUAGGGAUCCCACCAAUUACUUCAAUCUGAGGAUGCUUACAUGCCCAGCAGCAGUGACGUUGGAUGGUUCAAAGGUUUUGUAUUUUGAACAGGCAUUCUGGAGAACUCCUGAGAAGCCUUUUCGGCAGAGGUUUUAUAUGGUGAAGCCUUGUUCUAAAGAGAUGAAGUGUGAUGUUGAGGUUGGUUCCUAUGCUAUUCGAGAUGUUGAAGAGUACAAAAAUUUCUGCGAGAGGCCAAAGAGUCAGCGUCCUCAGGCUGAAGAAGUUAUUGAGGAUGUUGCAGAGCACUUAAAUACUAUAUAUCUUUCACGUUGUCAACGUGGUAAACGCUGCUUAUAUGAAGGGUCUACUCCACCUGGUGGUUUUCCUAAUUCAUGGAAUGGAGCUUCAUACUGCACAUCUGAACUUGCUAUCCUUAGAAAUGGCGAGGUACAUACUUGGGACAGAGGAUAUAAUGAUGAUGGCACCCAGGUUUGGGGUGGAAAAGCUGGGCCGUAUGAGUUUAAACCAACACACAGUUCCUCUGUCAAUGACAUGUACUCUCCUUUAAAUUUUGCCCCCGUUGUGUCCUUGGAAAAGAAGAUAGAUGAUUCUUUUGCCAUGCGAGGUUUAUAAUUGUUAUGAUAGUAGCGCCCAUGAUGUAAAUUUUGAUA